CAGGGGCGGACUGACAACUCAUGGGGCCCCCGGGCAAUUGGGGAUCAUGGGGCCCCUGUGUCCUUGCCCAAACUCAAAAAAGCCUAUGAAAAAGGUACCAGGGGCAUCUCAUGGGGCCCCCUACUGACCCUGGGCCCUCGGGUAGUGCCCGAGUUUCCAAAUGGUCAGUCCACCCCUGGUUCAGUCUGUCUUAUCAGCGUGGACAUUUGAACAAGAGGAGAGGCAGAUAAGACAGGAUCAAACAGCCUUUUUAUACAAUGCAGAGGAUUAACCCCUGAGGUUCCACA